CAUUUUUGGCACAAAAGUCUCUCUUUUCUUUCGUCGCGAAGAGUAGCUGGGGAUUUUGGUACUGCGAUUCGGCUGGGCUUUGGGUUUGGUUUUUAUUUUUGCGUUUGGGCGUUUCUUUUGCAAGCCUGUCCGUCAUCUGAGGCGCUCAGAUGCCGGGCAGCACUACUGGCGAUGCUUCCCCCCCCGGGGAGGAGGUAACUGAGAAGGGCAACGGGGAUUCGCCUCCGACCCAAGAGACGCUCGCCGCGCAGGCAAAAAACAUGAAAUUUAAACUUAACCCGAACUCCGCAACUCUGGUAGACAUGUACCAUGACAUAAGUGAGGCAAUCCCAGCGGUGGGCACUAAAACCAGUAAGACUCACGUGGCCAACCUGCACGCUGCAUACGACCGUCUGUUUGGUUUUGCCCUAGACCUAAUCAACCAGAACACAACACUUGCGGCAAAGAUGGAAGCGUACAAGGAAGAGAGGGAGAGGGCCCCAGCCCCCGCAGCCCCGUCCCCUACGCCGGAGAGUGUUGCCGCCCUGCAGCGCACCUUCUCGCAGGUUCUCCAGCAGAACCCGGCGACUUCGAGCCCGAGCCCCGCCGGCCAGCAGCAGGGGGGGGCAUCACCCGAGGCCCCCAAGCCAACAACACCACCCUCAGCCCCCAGGGAGAGCCUUUUGAUCUACCCUGCAACCAAGCCAGCAGCUGGGGUGGAGCCCUACGCAGGGAUCUCCCACCUGCUGCGUACUACCUUCCAGCCCGCGGACCUCGGACUCGGCUGCGUCGAGAUCAAGCAAGUGCGAGCACCCUCGCGAUCCCCACCCGAAGACAGACAGCAACCCCGAUUCGACCAUAAAAUUGUUUAUUCCUCAAGAAGCCUGUAAUCAAGAACCAACUACCGCCGACCAUCAUCCAGCAAGCCGUCCAGAUCCAUAAUUCGACCAUAGAACUGUUAAAACAUCAAGCAUCAUGUAAAAAGAACUUUCAACAACCAUCGUCAACUAGCCCGAAACGCCACUCAAGAGAAGUCAUCAGAGAAGAACUGGGGGGGAGGGAGAUACAUUUUAGUAAUUGUUUAGUCCAGGAAGUAUCAUGUGAAAGGGGGAGGGAUUUUAGAAAAGGCUUUCAUUAGUGUGUACAUUGAUAUGUAUAUAUUUUUCUUUAUAUCUUUCACAUAUUUCACUUAAAUGUUACGUAUUUUUAUGUUUUUACCCGAUAUAUGUAUGUUUGCAAUUUUUUUUUCCUUUUUUUAUAUUUUUGCCUUAUAUUGGGUGUGUAUGGUUUUGUGUGUAUGUAUGUAUGUGUGUAUGUACAUGUCUAUGUAUAUAUACAUAUAUAUAUAUACUUUUUUCUUUAUGCAAUUUAGUCUAAGAACACUAUUUCAUUUUUACUAUUUUUCUGUAAAGUGAUAGCAUGCUCACUAUUUUACUCUUCAUCAUAUUUAACCAAUAUAUAUAGGCUUUUUUCAUUCUGUACAGCGGGUGCAUGCGCGCUUCUCUUCUGGAAAAAAUUUGAAAAAGAAAUUUUUUUUUUUCUAGUUUUCAAUAAACGUCGCUGAUGGACUGGG